AUAUGUUAUUUUCACCUGUCUUUUAUGUGGGGAACUUAAAGUGAAUCGCGCGCGCGCGUGCGCACGAGCGAGCGAGCGAGAUAGACAGAGAGAGAGCCGUGCCAGCACAGAGAGGCACGGAGACGCGACAGAGAGCAUCAAGGCAAACUCCUCUCGCAUUAACUCAAUAAAACAGGGAAACGCGAGGAGAAAACGACAUCUACCUCAGCAAUAAGACAUCGGAAGAGGUAUUUUUUCUGCACGGACAUAAAAUGAAAGGGUUAUCUGGCUGCAUUUGGGAUUUGGAGUCUUUUAUUGCACCUCUGCGACUUUGACACAAUAGUUGCGCCGUAUCACUAGGAGUUGGUCUGUUGGGGAGGAAUUUCAGGCAAUACGAAACCAAACUCCGGUUGGACCUCUAGCAACAUUGGAAAAAAAGCCACAAACCACCGCCACCAUGGACAAUGAACAGUGCUACUACAAUGAGACCAUCGCCUUCUUCUACAACCGCAGCGGCAAGUACCUCGCCACCGACUGGGACACAGUCAGCAGGCUCGUGAUGGGCUUGGGAAUCACCGUGUGCAUCUUUAUCAUGCUCGCCAACCUCCUGGUGAUGAUCGCCAUCUACGUCAACAGGAGAUUCCACUUCCCCAUCUACUACCUGAUGGCCAACCUGGCGGCUGCGGAUUUCUUCGCCGGACUGGCCUACUUCUACCUGAUGUUCAACACAGGGCCAAACACCAGGCGCCUGACCGUGUCCACGUGGCUGCUGCGCCAGGGCUUGAUCGACACCAGCCUAACGGCGUCCGUGGCCAACCUGCUCGCCAUCGCCAUCGAGCGCCACAUCACCGUGUUCCGCAUGCAGCUGCACACGCGCAUGAGCAACCGCCGGGUGGUGGUGGUGAUCGUCAUCAUCUGGACCAUGUCCAUAGUCAUGGGGGCCAUCCCCAGCCUGGGCUGGAACUGUAUCUGCAGUCUCGAGCACUGCUCCAACAUGGCGCCGCUUUACAGCAACUCCUAUCUGGUCUUCUGGGCGGUAUUUAACCUUGUGACUUUUGUCGUCAUGGUGACGCUCUAUGCCCACAUCUUCGUCUACGUGCGCCAGAGGACCAUGCGGAUGUCGCGACACAGCUCUGGGCCACGCCGCAACCGGGACACCAUGAUGUCUCUGCUGAAAACCGUGGUGAUUGUGUUGGGUGCGUUCAUCGUCUGCUGGACGCCCGGCCUCGUUAUCCUCCUCCUCGACGUCUUCUGCGCCAACUGCAACGUCCUCACUUAUGAGAAGUUCUUCCUGCUCCUCGCCGAGUUCAACUCGGCCAUGAACCCCAUCAUCUACUCCUACCGCGACAAGGAGAUGAGCGCCACCUUCAGGCAGAUCCUCUGCUGCCAGCGGCAGGAGAACACCAAUGGGACGGUGGUGGAGGGGUCUGACCGGUCGGCGUCGUCCACCAACCACACGGUGCUGAGCAGUGGCGCCUACCACCACAGCCACCCGCACAGCCACCACCACAAUAACGAACACUCGGUGGUAUAAAAAGGACGGCUGGGAAUCGUGGGGAUUAACCACAAUAUGAUACGAACUAAAGACGCAGUGAUGACUCGGAGAAGGAAGAUUAGGUUAGUGGGUUGAUGACAAGCAGCGUGGAAGAAGAUGGUGUCUUCAAGGACUCUGAUAGGCUGUUAGUAUUUCUGCUUAGUUGUUUAUUAAUUGUUUUGCGCGUGUUGUCCCGGACAGCGCUGAUAUGAAGUAUUUAAGAGUAAUCCGUGAAAUUAAGGUAAUGCCAGUACUCAAGUGUUUUUUCUUUGUGUCUUGUCAUUUCAUACUUAUUCCCCACGAUCCCCAUUCUUAAGAGAGCUCGUUACAUCCUACAGACCUGUUACAUGCAGACAGCAUCACGCUACCAACGGGGGUAUCCCUCCACAUGCAUCGAGGGACUCUUUUCAACGCUGUUGUUUCUUUUUCUUUUCUAUGUUUGGGAGGAAAGACAUCAAAUUUUGAGAAAAGUCAGAUGUUUUUCUCAGUAGUAUUUGGAUCCAUUACCUGGGUUUCAAACUUACUAAUUUGCUUGACAUGUUUAGUGUCUUACUAAAAACGGGCGUUAUGGAUUGUUGCCGUUUUUCAUUUCUGCGUAUUCCUCAUUCAUCUUUCAGUGACAAGUGACCAUACGACCUUAAUUUAUUACUCUACUGAUCUUUAUCUCCCACUGAUAAGACUUCCCUUGGGCCAACUUAAAUACACAAGAUUUCCACGAUCUCUUGUUUGUUCCAUCUAAGAGUUUAAAGACAAGUUGUUCCAGGGAUCUCACAAAAAAGGGGGGAUGUUUCUUGUCACAGAACUGACUCUGUGCCACAAUGUUGGAGACCAGGCGAAGGUCAAGCCUGUUAGCAGGCUUUGGACCAUCACAUGAAAUGUGCUGAUUUGCCUGCCUCACGUGGUUCUAUGCAGUCUUUCCCUGAGACAAUUACAUUGUCACUUAUUGCAAGGCAAGAUAUACCAUGCACAAGAAGAUAAAAUGGGUGCCUCCCUAAAGAACUCAACUCAACUUUGACUGCAAACACUGGCCCGCGAACGUCACAGCAGUCCAUCUAAUAGUUACAUAUGACAUUUAUAUUUCAGUCUGGACCAAAGAGCUCGACUGACCCACAGACCAACUGCAGAACUAUUGAUGGAGCCUCAGUGCUAGCUCGACCAAUAAGCAUCCAGCUCAGUGGUCCAUCAUUCCUUUGUAUUCAAAUAUUUCUGUCCAUAGUUGGAAGAAAACCCACAAGCACCAGUUCCGUUUAGACGGCAAUAAAUAUUAGCUGGAAAAAAACAGGAAGUAUUCAGUAUUCAAUAGAAUACCAAAGCACCUAGGGUUAAAACACUCAAAGGAAAGUAUGUAAAUAUCGUUCUAACAACCAGAAACUGAUGAUUUCUUUUUGUUCGUUGCUUCGACAGUGUAAUUAGUGAUAGAAGGUAAUACGGAUAUCCAUCCAAAGUAAUAUACGUUUUGUUUACAUGUCUAUCUAUCCUUAUUUCAACCUUGUUUUGGCCUCCCUGCCCCCUCGCUGUCCCUCUUCAUGGCGUCUUGAACAGAGGGACACUCCAUGUGUUUGAUGCUUUGCAUUUGAAGGUGCAUUGUGUGUGAUUUUAAGCCUGCAGAAUGUAACUGACUGAAACUCCGCUGUACCAAGAUCUGAAGGGAAAUAUGGUAGACGACCCGAGAACAUGAAUGUGGAAAAUGCGAAAGCCAAAGAUUGGCUUGACCACUCUGGGCUACUGUAGAAAAAAAUGCAGCCUAAAGAUGAGGUUUUUUGACAGCUUAUACUAAGGUGAAGGAAAACAACACUAAUCUUUUUUUCAUUUUUAUUUCUUAAGUAGAGGUUCUCUUAGAUACACAACUGUAGGUCCUCCAAACGCCACACUCUGCAACCGCACGGUUACACAGAUCGGACUAAUCCGUAACCCGGGGACAGGCAUAAUUUAGUUCAUCGUAACUACUUCAUUGACUUUUUUACGACAACACACCAUAAAGCAUUUUUAGUAGUCUUGCUAUUUUAAAGGGGCACUGACAUCAAUGACCUGUCCCAGUUUACUCUUAAGAUGAUACUCCUGUUGAAUGAUGAUAUCUUAUUCACUGUAACCCUUUUUCUAACAAAGCAAUGCUUCAGGUAAUAUAGUAAACCAAUUUAACUUUCUGUCUUCGUAUGCCUCUGAUUACCAGUGUGUCAUUAUUUUAUACACUGUUGUAAGUAUACAUGUACAGUAUGUAUGUAUAUAAAUAUAUAUUAUUCAAAGUUAACCACCAAAAGGAAAGUGUUCUUGUGUUGGGUAAAUUUAAGUGUGUUAUAAUGUGUCCAAACGUACUGUAGGAUUUUUCUUGGCGCUCUUUCUUGUCUUGUGAGCCUAAUCAGUGCUUUUUCUAUCAACUAUUCUGGUUAUUAACUAGUUUGUAACCCAGAACUACUUAGUUACGUACGUGUGCAGUGCCUUCCAGUCAUUCAUCCUGAAAGAGUACCUUAAAACUAGGCUGAGAAGCAGUGUUUCAACAGCCUCUCUGGUUUAAAGUGUGUUUGAAGUGUGCUUUGUCGUACCCAUCACGUCACGGUGCACUAAAGUACGUUUGAACAUCGCUGUGGGAAGCUGGAGAACAAACACAAGAUCCUCCGUUGGUUUUAACCUACCUUUUUUGCAUAUGUUGCUAAAAACGUUUUUUUUUACUUUCAUUUUCACAGCCUCAAAAGAUCAUUUUACAUUACGUAAAUUAGAAACACAUUAUGAAUACAGAUGGUUUUGUUUUUAGUGCAGCAUUUUUUUUAAAUUGAAGAGCAACACAUUCUUCAGGGCAAACAUUCUCUUGUGGGAUUUGACACAUGUCACUCUUUGUUAUCUCACCCGACAUGCAUGUUCCUUUCCCAGCUUUAACACACGUGUCCUUUCCUGAAAACAGUUUUAUCACACUAGAUUGGCACAUUCCUGCUAUUGUUUCCUGACUACUUCUGUCUGUGUUGCAAGCCCAAUGUUUGCUGUUUGCGGUGUGUGUUGCACUUGACAAAUGUUGUCAUUUUCAUACCAAAAGCUGUGUGUGUAAUUGUCUAAAAGUCUGUUCUUUCAAAGCGAAACAUUGCUUUUAAAGUUUAAUUUGUUGCCAAACCUCAGAUUUAACAAACCGUGUAACAGUAGUUUGUAAAGUGAAACAGACGUAAAUGUGUUUCUAUACUAUCAAUACUGUACAUGCCGAUAUCAAUGAAUGUCCACCUGGGUUUUAAGUGUUCAUAUCGCAGCAACAAUAAAAACAUGAGAAAAGUCUGAA